AUGAUAUCGUUCGCAUUAUUGGCUGAUGCCGUUAUUGGGAAUGUUCAGGAGAAAGCGAUGCGUACUUAUGGGGCUACCAACAACGAAGUGGUACUUUACUCGUAUACAAUUGGCUCGGUGUAUAUUUUCGUGGGUCUUUUGAUUAGUGGGCAAUUAGUUGAUGCAUUCAUGUUCUUUCUACAGGUAUUUAGUGAAUUUGUUGAUCGAAUAUCCAUUUAA